UGUUGGAGUGAGAUCUACAGCUUGUCAGUUAAAUACUUCCGUCAUAACUGGAGGUUCGACUUUUUAUCAGGUUUUUGUGGGAAUCAUUACCUGAUAACAACACUUACUAGAUGAUCAGUUGAGACAAUAAUUUAAGUGUUUGGGAACCAGUCUCCACUAUUGCACUGGAUGUGUUGUUCUCUAACUGUAAUUUCUUCGUCUCGGACUUGAUACACUGCUCCAUUCAAAAUAGAUGUAGGCGGGAUCAGAGUUGGAAAAGAAUACGACAAUUGCAGAUAAUGGACUUUAAGUCUUUAAUAUCUUUUACUGCUAUUCACUUGUAGCAGACAUAAGGAAGGCACUCUCCUGUAGAAUCGGACCACUGACGGUAACUCCUCUUGAGGUUCCUGGAGCCAAAAUAAUGUAUACCACCAGUGAAAAAACCAGAGGCGUCUUAACUCCAACUGUCAAUAGAGACAAGUUAACAACGAGCCUACCGUUCAACUGCAAUGAUUGUCCACCUUCUUCCAACCCAUCGGUGGUACGUACUGUGGUUAUUGCUGGAAUUGUCUUCGCUGUCCUCGUCAUAGUAGUCAGCAUUUACAAUAUUUUACACUGUGUUCGCUAUGACCCGAAGCGUCUCCGUCAGUUGAUUGGAUGUUGCAGCCGAUCCAAGACGCCUAACCGACAGAGUGAUCCCAAUGAUCCAUCGAAUCUUCAAAUGGAUCGACGUCCCUACGAAUCAUCGAUAGCUGGACCUACGUCAGACCAGCCUGAACACAUUGAGUAUAUGAACGUUGAUGUAAAUGCUGGUUCGAGUACCGAACAUCCUAGGGCCCAUGAUGGAUCUGUUGAACUUCCUAUGGAUUCCGCGGUUCCCCCAUCUGGUAGAUCAAGACAAUCAGCUCAAGACGCCGUGGAGACAGUAGAAGACCCAAGCUAUGAUUGGCCUGCUCAAAGUGCCCACGAGGACAAUUCAGCUACUGGUAAACCAACUGAUGGCUAUAUGGAGUUGCAAGAAAAACCUCACACUGCUGUGUACACAGAACUCAAACUCUGACCUUUUGAUGAACUAACUUUGCUUUUGUACAUAGCUGACUAAAUUUUUUGCUACCCUGAAUUUUGGAAUUUUAUCGAAGAAAAGUACAAUACACUUCGUUAGUUUUGGUGUCAAAACAU